GUGCUUCUAGUCCUCCAGCAAAAGCCGCAGGUGGGUUUUUAGGUAGCACGACUAGCCCUACAACUUCUGGGAACGAAAGUGGAUCAAACAACGAGAACUCAUCUUCAUCAAGCUCCGCUUCUGGUUCGGCACAACUACAGCAACAAGGACAACAGCAACCACCAAAAAGAUCCCCUCUCUGGCACUUUCUUAAAAUCCUCGUCAUUAUCUCGUUCCUUUGCGGCUACGUUGCCAGCUACGCCAGUGAACUGCUUGCCUCCAGUCACCAAGUUCCCAGCUUGGUUGCAGAAGGCAUUGUCCCUAGAUGGACCGGUCUUGGGUACAAGCAUCCGAGCUUGGAAACGCCUUGGGGUGGGAUCGCGUUUCACACAUUGAUGGUGGGAUUGCUAAUCUUCUUCUUCGACUUUCAUCAAUUACAGAUCUUUGAGUCGAUGUUUUCAGUGUUGAC